UUAGCCAAAGCCACUUUUACAAGAAAUGGCUUCCCCUUUUUUCUUUGUUUUCCUUCUCUCUGGUCUUUUACUAGGGAACACCUAUGCUGGUCCCAAUUACAGAGAAGCACUCUCAAAGUCAUUGCUCUUUUUCCAAGGUCAGCGGUCUGGUCGCCUCCCCGGUGACCAAAAACUCUCAUGGAGGUUCAGCUCUGGCCUCUCUGAUGGCUCCUCUGCUCAUGUGGACUUGACUGGAGGGUACUAUGAUGCUGGUGACAACGUGAAGUUCAAUUUUCCAAUGGCCUUCACCACCACCAUGCUCUCCUGGAGCUCUUUGGAGUACGGUAAGAAGAUGGGACCUGAACUCCAGAACGCCCGUGUGGCUAUCCGUUGGGCCACGGACUAUCUACUGAAAUGCGCCAGAGCUACACCGGGGAAGCUUUACGUUGGAGUAGGAGACCCAAACGGUGAUCACAAGUGCUGGGAACGUCCAGAAGAUAUGGACACUCCUCGCACAGUCUACUCUGUGUCAGCUUCAAACCCUGGCUCUGACGUAGCAGCUGAAACCGCUGCUGCUCUAGCGGCUAGCUCCAUGGUUUUCAGGAAAGUUGAUCCCAAGUACGCUCGCUUGCUCCUGGCUACAGCCAAGAAGGUAAUGCAGUUUGCUAUUCAGUACCGUGGCGCUUACAGUGAUUCCCUUUCCUCUGCUGUUUGUCCUUUCUACUGCUCCUACUCUGGCUACAAGGACGAGCUUCUGUGGGGAGCGGCAUGGUUGCAUAGAGCAACUAACAAUCAGUAUUACAUGAACUUCAUUAAAUCCUUGGGAGGUGGAGACCAGCCUGACAUAUUCAGUUGGGACAAUAAGUAUGCUGGUGCCUAUGUUCUUCUCUCACGACGAGCAGUACUAAACAAAGACAACAACUUUGAGCUUUACAAGCAAGCAGCUGAGAAUUUCAUGUGUAGGAUCCUUCCAAACUCUCCUUCAUCUUCCACAAAGUACACUCAAGGUGGCUUGAUGUACAAGUUACCUCAGAGCAAUCUGCAAUACGUGACAUCAAUAACAUUCUUGCUAACGACCUACGCUAAAUACAUGAAGUCAACGAAACACACAUUCAGCUGCGGAAACUCCGUGAUCGCUCCCAACGCUCUGAUAAAACUGUCGAAGCGUCAGGUCGAUUACAUCCUCGGUGUGAAUCCGAUGAAAAUGUCUUACAUGGUUGGAUUCGGGUCGAGUUUCCCCAAGAGAAUCCACCACAGAGGAUCUUCUCUUCCGAGCCGAGCAGUUCGUCCGAACACUCUGGGAUGCAGCGGCGGAUUCCAGUUUUUCCGCACCCCAAACCCUAACCCUAACAUAUUAACCGGAGCUAUCGUGGGAGGACCGGAUCGAAACGACCAGUAUCCAGACCAGAGAGAUGAUUACAGCAGGUCUGAACCAGCCACUUACAUUAAUGCGGCAUUUGUCGGACCCCUGGCGUAUUUCAUCGGAAAGUUACAUUAAA